AUGUAUACCAACAAUCCUUACUCGGCUUGGACGAAAGGCUCAAACUUCCCUGGUGGCGCUCCUCCUCCGUCAGUUUUUGGUGCUUUACCCUACUCUUCGUCGGCGGCCAAGGCGCCCAUGGUUACCUUUACGUUCUCCUUCAAUCCCUCAAUCUUGAGCUGCACUGUUACUGGCCCGCACAAUAAGAUAUAUUAUCGCAUCGCAACCGACAAACCAACGCCAGGAUUUACAUUCGUGCACGAUGCUCAAGGCAACCCAGUUGUAGUGAUUGAGUGGCAAAAUCAUCCUAUAAUUGAGAUACGAGGCAUUGUACCCAAGCAAUAUGCUUGUCAGUGGCUAUCCUUGUCGUCGCAGCGAAACGCUAGGCACAUGCAAGUAGCUAGCAAGCAAUACGUUUGGGCUCCAGGCGACGGUGUGAUCUGCUUAUUUGAUACAUCCUCCGGUACGCCAGAACUACUCGGUAAAAUCACCAAUGGUCAGACACGAGUGACAUUGGACCUGACGACAUAUGCCAUCCAAGGGGGCUUAACUGAAGCGGCCGUCGUCUCAACCAUAUUACUAUUAUCUGGGCGCAAUAUAGACUAA